AUGUUGAGCAAUAUCAUCAAAGCAUUCUCCUCCACAGCGAGAACUCCAACAAGGGCAUUCUCUUCCAGUUCCCGAGCAUUGGACAUUUCAAAAGUCAUCUUGGUAGGUAGACUAGGUGCAGAUCCGGUUUUACGAAAUACAUCAAGUGGUAAACCAUAUUAUACCUAUACCGUAGCUACCAAUGUAGGCGCUCCGGUAGAAGGUGAAGGUGGUAAACUGCAUCCACCACCUACAUCCUGGCAUACGGUAUUCUCAUUCAACGAAUUUCAACAUCCUGCUUUGCAGAAACUGGGAAAGGGAUCAACAGUCUAUGUCGAAGCGGAACUGGAGAUGCGUCCUCAUGAACCUAACUCGGCCUCGACAGAUAAAUAUAGGUACGACAGGGCAUUCCUGAAACACCAGAAAUUGAGUGUGAUCAACAGGGUAAAACCGGAGAGUGAACAAGAUGGAUCUGACGAGUAA